AUGAUGUUUGUAUCGUAUGGAAAUUUUACUAUAGCUAAUUUAAAUGAUAGUUUAAUAUUUUCAUCGAAUACAUUACCUGUAGUGAGAUGGCGUUCUGAUACAGACGAGUACGAGCUAAUUGAUUUUCUCUAUCUACAAAACUCAUAUCAGUCAGAUUCAAGUGUUUGUCAAAUUGGUUCGAAUGGAUGGACAAAUUUAUUUCACGAACAAUACGUUCCAUAUGUCUAUUUUUUAAAAACAAAUUCAUCAAAGUUAAAUAUGUCGUUUAUUGACAUGAGCCAACCGCAACAACAAGGUCCGCCACAACCAUAUUUAAAUAUCAUUGCGUGUAUCCCAUUUAAAUUAGGUACGAAUGAAGUUAUUAUUACUGUUUGUUUUUGUGUAUUAGUUUUAAUGGUUAUUAUUAUUCUUGCCACACUGCAUUAUCGAAAAGUCGAAGAAGUCGUAUAUCAACGACACAAAUCAGCAACAAAAACACUUUCAUUAAGAAAAAGAAAAACUAGUCUGUACGGCACAAGUACACCACCAUUAUCACCAAGACUGUGA